ACGACCGAGUAAUCGCACGGGCCAAUCACGCUCGCUCACCCCCUGCUCCCCGUUCAAGACGUGAUCGCUGCGUCGCUACAAGGACUUGACUUUGGAACAAGUUAAUCGCCACUCCAAUCUUUUAAUUUCCUCAUCAAACUAGUGCUGCGGGUCAGUGGACUUGAUCGUCCCUCUCGCCACGUAUAAAACGGCAUCCGCGCGGUUGCAGCCGUCGUUGCACCGGUGACCGCCGCUGCGGAGGAGAGCUAGCUAGCUCGGCACAGAGCGCGCGCGGCGUUAAUUGAUCGAUCGGUUUCCAUGGCGACGCUUCACCAGCACCACAUCAAGGCCCUGACACCGACGUGGCUGCUCGUUAAGGUUACGCAUCAGCAGCCGCCGAGGGACGCCGCCAAGAGGCCCGCGCCGGCCUUCUACUCGCCGCUCCUCCUGUCGCCGUCGGCGUGGCAGAAGGCGCAGGACGAGAUGAAGAGUAAAGCCGAUGGACGCGACGCCGGACGCGUCCGCGGCUUGCCGGCGUCGCCGAGGAUCAGCUGCAUGGGGCAGGUCAAGGGGAGGAGCAAGAGGUGCUCAACCGCGCGCGGCCCGGCCUCGAGGGGUUCGGGGUACGGCGGCGGCACGGUGGCGAGGCUCGUGCUCGGGCUGUUCGAGCGGCGCAGCAGGAGGUUGUCGCGGACAUGUGCCAAGGUCAGUGACGUGCCGCGUGGGUCGGCCUCGGCGCCCCGGAGAUCUCAUGGUGGAUGUGCGGCCGCGGCAGUACGCGUGCUUGACCCGCCGUUGCCGGUGGUGAGGCGUCCAGUGACGGACGUCAACGCGCCAAGCCUUUGGGAGCGGCGGCGAGGCGGCAAGGCCCUGGAGGGUCUUCGGCUAACUUAGAUGGCUGCAGAGUUUUGCUGGUUGCUGCAGGGGAACACAAAACAAAAGCUUUACACGGCUAUGGUUUGACGCCAUUUAGAACUGAACUGUUUUCUGUAAAUUUUGUGCGAAACUGCUGCCUUCCUAGUUGGGCCUUAGCUAACAUGUGAAUUUGUGUGUUGACCUUGCAAUAAGAUGCCUGAAAGUUUCGUCGUUACGUGUACGCAGUUAGCUCAUGUAUGCUGAUUCUGUUAACAUUAGCCAAACUUUGCUAAGUCAAUGCCACGUAAUCUGUCGCUAACCGCCACGAUAUUAAAUAGAUAUUGAAUAGUUUAGAGACUCGAUAUCUAAUUUUAUAUUUAAGUGGGUUAUUUAGACGAACCACAAUAUUUUAGAAAGGUAAGUUGAUUUAGUCCUAAGUGUCGAUGUAAAGAGUAUAGGGUUCCCGCCAGGAUGACAUACGACUGUCUGUUUUUGCAGGAUCAACUUUUUUCUCUAAUCCGGGCCCAUCGCGUGACCACUUGGCACUGCACGAUCAUGACCCUAACCUUCGCUGGAAUUCUCGUGAUCAGCCUCUACUGGUCACGAGACAGAUAUUUGUCUGACCGGUCGACUCUCAUUUAAUACCACUACUUAUGCCGUUUUCCUUCCCUAGACGCUCCACUCCGGCUGAGGCGAUCGAGGUCGGCGCAGAGCUUUCAUGUCUCAUUCCACAACAUUAAUUGUUGUGAGACGGACUCGCACACGCAACAGGGAGCGUGGUAGGCAAUGUGGGAAACUGGCGAUGGGACAGGGCAGGCCGAGCGACCCGAGAGCAACAAGCGGGGAUGCAGCCAGUGGAUGGGACAAGCAUUGCAGUGCUCCAGGGCAGGCACAACAUAUGCGUACCCUGUAAUGAUAGCAUAUGUUGACCAUCUAGGUAGGCAUGGGCUUUUUUGUUGGACCCAUGUAAGACUCAUAUCCCUCUGGAAUAUAAGGGAGGGGAGUCCGGCUUGGAUUUGGAGAGAGAUCUUUGUAACACAAAAACAGACUUUAUGAGAGGAAGACAUAAGAUGUCGGGCUAUUACCCCAUGGGGAACCUGAAUCUGAAUAAUCUCUCGUGUUCUUAAGUAGCAUACACAUACAUUCCCGCACACACACUCAGAACACAGAUCACACACCCGUCGCUUGGUACACCCCAGAAUCAUUGUCAGAGAUU